AUGUCAAGUCCAAAACCUCCCAGUGAUGGGAGUCCCUUCUUCCCCAUCUCCGAGCGAGCUGCCAACCUCGCUGUUGUGCAUCUCGGGAUAACAUCGCCGCUUCUUGCUAUUGCCUUGGUUAUGUUUGUAGCGAGGAUAUGGCUGAGAGUUCGACCGGCAUGGAGAGUGAGCUGGGAGGACUACAGUAUGACGAUCGGAGUGUGCGCAGCUAUCGUCGACUUCGGAUUCCUCAUACCGCAGAUGUAUACAUCACCACGACUCAUCACUGAAACUCAAGUGACCCGGUCACGAAAAUACGCAUUCCUUGCUAUUCCUAUCUGGGGUAUUGCCAUGAUGUUCAUCAAAAUCAGCAUCGCGAUGAUGAUGCAUCGAAUACAGCCUACUGUUCUAUGGUGGCGCAUCUUUUGCUUCUUCAUAAUGGGUAUCUUGAUAGCGUACGGUGUUGCAAACACCUUCUUCAUCCUUCUUCAGUGCCGCCCUCUGGAAGCAUCAUGGGAUACAUCAGUAUUAGAAACGGUACAAGGAGCGAGCUGUCUCCCCCAAACUGGCAUUCACAUCAUGUCCAACAUUGGGUCCGGCAUCAAUAUCGCAACAGACAUUAUGUUAUCUUUGGCACCGACGCUCUUCCUCUGGAAACUCAAGAGACCGCUGAAGGAGAAGAUCCUUGUUGGCGCACUCAUGGGUCUGGGCAUGUUUGCAAGCGUCGCUUCCAUCGUCAAAGCAACCCUUGUCAAAGAAUUCGGCAUGGCGAAGGAUGCAUGGGCGCUCACAAACUCCAUCGCCACCUGGACAGCCCUCGAGCAAAUCCUCAUCAUGAUCGCAUCCUCCGCCCCCUUCCUAAAACCCCUCGUUCAAAGUGCCCUGCACAGGAUGGGCUGGACGCUAUCAGGAACAUCAGCCGGUCGCUCAGGCUACGGAAACCGGUAUCACGACGUUGGACAGAGCGCAAGACAGUCACGAAUGGUGAACAAGUCGGCGGCGAACUCGAAAAGGGAUAUCUAUGGUGGAGACGAGGAUCCUUUUGCUGCAGGGGACAGUAACGAUGCUAUUCCUUUGGAGGGGAAGGUUUAUGAAGUGGGUAAGCCAAGGGAUGAACGAGAUAUUACGACAAUGCGGACGACGCAGGGAUCUUUGACGACGGGAUCGUGGACGGAGAGGGGAAGUGAGGACAGAGAGCUUACACCAAGUCAUGCAGUGUAA